CACCGUCCUGUACAGUCAGGUGGGGGCGCAAGUGACGCAUCAGUGUGAACGAAGCCAGGUAGAGUGAGGCUGUUGCUGCUGCUGCACAAAUACACCGUCAUCAAGAAUCUCCAUUACAUCUGAGUUUAAAACUUCACCAUGACCAACAAAACGACUCCUCUGCUGUUGAAGACGCUGCUGGAGCUGCGUGAAGCCCAGGCUACUAAAGUUCUGCGAGGAAACACGAGAAGAGCAAACUUCAGACACUUGGGCUCCUGUGGGGCCCUGGCAGCGAGGAGGACCAGCCUGCCCCUCUGUCCCGCCACCUCCAUCAGCAUACCCAGCCGCAGCUUCAUCAACCUGGUUGUUCCUAUCAGCACCCGCAGGAUGGAGUACACAGAGUGCCGGACAUUAGGGUAUACUCCAGAGCAGAUGUUCAAUGUGGUGGCCAGAGUGGAUCAGUACCAGCACUUUGUUCCCUGGUGCAAGAAGUCUCGGAUCAUGAAGGGACGAGACGGAGGUGUCCGGGCAGAGCUCGAAAUCGGUUUCCCUCCCAUUGUGGAUCGCUACACCUCUGAGGUCACGGUCAUCCCAAACCACCAAGUCAGAGCUGUGUGCACUGAUGGAUCCCUCUUCAGCCAUCUUGAAACAGUAUGGAGGUUUGCCCCCGGAACCAAAGACCUAGCAGACUCCUGCAAAGUGGAUUUCUAUUUGUCGUUUGAGUUCAAGUCCCUUCUGCACUCUCAGCUGGCCAGCGUGUUCUUUGACGAGGUGGCAAAGCAGAUGGUCGGUGCCUUUGAGGGCAGGGCAGCAGCACUUUAUAGAAACCAGCAGGAGGCGUCACUGAGGAGGCGGUCGACAUAAGAACAUCCCCUCCAUCCCCAUCCACAUGGACCUUUCAUAAAACCCUGCCAGCCUGCUGCACUUUUCCACUUCCAACACUGUUCUGACACAGGAGACUGGAUUUUCCUUUUUGCACUCACUCAUAUCUCGUUCUUGAGUUGACAUGCACAAGAAAUAUACUUUAAACUAUUUAUUUAUAAGCCACAAUCUAACUUUUUUUGUUCAUAUUUGAAUAUUUAUUUUACAGCUUGGCAUAUAUAUUUUUUUUCAAAUGAUCUUUUUGAACACAAAUGUUUUCUUUGUUAAAUUGUAGGUUAAUGUACAGUCACCUGAUUCCUGCGCAGUGCUGAAACAUCUAAAAGGGUUCAGAGCUUGUUCUUGUUCGGUCAUGUUGUUCAGUGGUAUUAAAAAGCUCUUGUGUCAUCUG